AUGAAGCCUUUGACCGAGCCUACCAAUACCGACGGCGUCUCUCCGGCUCCAGCCACUCAAAAAGCUGAGAAUCCUCAGCCCACGCCGACUCCUGCCCCUACCGAAGGUGUUCAAAGUGGAGAAGCCGUCGCCUCCAGUACCCCUCAAGAAAGAUAGUAGGCUAACUGUUUAUAUUCUUUUAUCGAAUGAUGCUUCUUCAGUCGUGUGACCAGUAAUGGGUCCCGUAACUCUCGUGGCCGCUCUUCCACAGGUCGCCGUCGUCCAAAGAGAGCCAAAGAGCCGUUAUCGUUCAACGAAUGGCUUUUGGAAGACCAGGGCAAGUACAGGGAGGUCACCAUCGAACUCAGAAGAUGGAAGGCCACCCAGCGUCAAUGUCAAUACAUCCGCCAAAGUGUCGGUCAAUGGAAUCAGGUCAAGGUAAUGGGCACUUAUGAUAAAGUAUAACAAUAAUGAUGACUUUAGUCGGUCUUCAAGGUCUCCCCUCUGUUCAAGUUGGAGUUGGAUGUCUACAAGAAGACUCACAAGAAUAUCAAGCCGGUCCCGGCUGGAGAAAGUUUCGAUCUUCCGCCAUUAAACUGA